GAGGCCGGGGAUUGAGAACAAUUGAAAGUGUAUACAGUCGUGUAUAAGCUGUGAAGGUCAUGUCUGACCACAAAGGACAAAAGGAGAAAAACAGGAUACAGGGUUGGGUAGUGAAAACAGGAACUUGUAGCCGCAGAGCAUAAAUGACGCCAAUAUAGGUAACCAAUGAGGAGAACCCCUUGUUCGCAUGUCCUGCGCGUGGACAAGGUGAUGUAGCCAAUAAGCUUAUGCGUGAAUGCGUGUACGGAAGUAAGACAAGCAUAAAUGUAAUCAUAGAAGCUGCAAUAAACGGAGUUAUGCAAGCUCAAUAAAAGGAGUUCUGCUUUACCUACAUCGUGUCGGUGUUCUUGCUCCCCUCCACCUGGCCGCUACAUCGUGGUGACCCCGACGUGAUACUGCACGGACGCUGCGGACGAGAGAAGGUGGAGUCAUCCCGGCUGCUUAGAAGCAGGCUGCUCGAGAAGCAGGAUCCUUGUUGUGGCCACGGCUGACCGGUGAGUCAGGCAGACUGCGGUCUGGACGGGAUGGGUGCCGCUGUAUCAGCGAUAGAACGAGCAACAGUCGACGAGUUGCUCAGUGUAGCGAGAAAGACUGGGCACACGCUCCCUCGAGCUGAGCUCGUGGACUUUUUGUAUUGGUGUCGGAGACGCGGUCUCUUGACUUCUUCUGAUCAAUUGUUUGAUAUCGAACAUUGGGAAAAAAUUGGGUCUGAGUUAUGGCAAAGUGUGCAGAACGGCCAGAAGGGGAGCAAGCAGAUGGCGCAGAUCUUCCGUAUAGUUCGGGAGAUGAUUCAACAAGUCCAUGCUGAUGCUGAAAUCGCCACUGCUUUGCAAAAAGCCCUCGAUUGUUCUACACAGCCGAAAGAAAAGGAAAAGGACGAGGAGGGAAAGGACAGUUGUUCGACGUUGAUAGACUGGGAGGCAAAACCUGAUCUUCCCCCAGCGUACCCCCCAAUAGCAGCGCCUAUGUUCCGGGGAGAGUUUGAGGAUCUCAUUCCCCCUUGGAAUCCCAACGAGACAUCUGCUGGGGCGGCUACUGCGCCUUCUGCGCCCCCUCCCCCGGAGGCUAUGGAGGUUGAUCCAGCUACAAUACCGUUACCGGAGGAGGCAAAGGCGUCCCCCCAGAAUCCUCUUGUCGACGAACUGCGGUUGCAACGAGAGCAGAUGGCUAAGUUGCUGGGGGCAAUGCAAGAAAUAGACUCUAAAGGGGGGAAGGGUAAACUGCGGGAGUUAUAUGAGAAAGCAGCCAAAGCAGUACAACAAGGGAUACAGAACAUAGAGGAGCAGCUUAAUAAGCAGGAGGUGGCUGCAUGGGGAGGCAGAGAGGGAAUCAAACAAGCCAUUUUGCAGCGUCAAUUGACGAUAGAGGAAGGGCAGCAGUUGAUACGGCGGCUUCUAGGGGCACCAGAGGGGCUUACUACGGGAGAGAAAGAACAACUGCGAAGGGCAUUAGACGGAGGUAGAGAAGAAAGAGAUGUCCGUAGGAAACUGCCUUUUGAUAGACGUGGGCCAGAUCCUUUUGAUAGGCGUGGGACAGCUGGAGUACAGGGGCCUCCGCGAGAUGAUUCCUUUGAUCCGACCAGGCGCUGGAGGGGACAAGAACAGCCUCGGUGGAUACCGGCUCGGUGGGUAAAGCCCUGGCUCUCCAAAGUGGAUGCAGCAGCAGCCAAGAAUAACGAUACAGGAAGCAAUCCGACAGCUUGACGAAACAUCACGACAGCGAAUACAGCAAAAGGUUGCCUUAGUACAGCAAAGACUACUGGGUUCGGCGGUGGUAAAGGAGGCCAUUGGAUGGUAUUACCACCAAGAACCGUCAUUGCAUAAUUGUUUGUGUAUCCUUGAUUUAUUGUCAGUCACUGUUCGCAAAGGGUGGGACGAACAGCCUUGUCUUGUAUGCCAAAGUGAGCUCUGUUUUUCCUGGGUUGCUCUAAGGUGUGGGGGUUGUAAUCACAAGAUUUGGUGGAAUCAGAAAUUAAUCACUAGGAAAUGGUGUCCAAGGUGUGAACAUAAAUAUCAAGCUAAAACGUGGGAGCAAGGGCUUUCCCAAAUUCAAUGGCGGCAAUUACACUUCGAAUCGCUAGAGCAGAAAAUAUUAGCAUAUUGUAGGUGGACGUUGGAGCUCGAAAUACACCGCCUAGAAAGUCAAGAGAAAACACACAUACUUCAAGCGCGGUGCAGUCGAAAAGUACCCCUUAGAUUUUUUACAUCAGUAGGGCCCUUUAAAGGAAGCCCUGAUAAAGCAUUGGCAGAAGCAGUUCAACAGUUUGUUAGACAUGAAGGGUAUUAUAGCACUGUUCGUGUUGCUCGCUUCUGGCACCACCUCUUGGCUGACGAAAAUUGACCAGAGGCAAAACAUGUGGAUUACAUGGGCUAACCAGACUAAUUUAACAUCUUUCUGCCUAUCUUUAGCCACACCUUCUGACCCGUUUCGUACUUGUCUCUUGGGUGUCCCUUUUCAGUCAUACACCGACCUUUUAGUCAUGCGAGGAUGGAUAAGUCCCGAGGUUCCCAUGCCCCACAAUGAAAGUCAAUUCAUAAUUCAACAUUGCCAUUAUGCAGCAAGCCUUAGCAACAAUAAAAGCACUUGGGGUAAUAAGACGUGGUGUCAGAUACAAAUUAAAUUAAAGAGUGAAAAUGGUUUAGCCUUAUACCAAUGGGGGCUUGCACUGUGGACACGUAAAAUAGUGAUGAAUCUAAAUCGUGCUGGGUUAGAACCACAAGAGUUAGAACUGUUGGGCUCCAAGCCAGGAAAUUAUUGUGUUGUCUUCGGGGACCUUUACGAUAACCCGGAGCACAAGCACCCGCUCAAUAACAGUGUGAUAGUAACCCCCUCUAAUGUUGAGAUCUACAAUUACAAAAUAGGAAGCCCCUAUUGUAUAAACGGAAUAGACUUUGUCUUUGAGCUUAACAAAUCCCCACGUCGUUUACCCCCUGCUACGUUCCUAGUCUGUGGGGACAGGGCCUGGAACGGCAUUCCUGCUAACCCAUGGGGAGGCCCCUGUUGGUUAGGCAAAUUGACCUUGUUUUCCCCACAACUAAGAGACUUACAAAACGUUACCCGUUCACCCAAAAGACAAAAAAGGAGUAUAACCAUAAUGGAUCAAAACUGCAACUCUCACUUACUUUUGUGGAAUUCCCCCAUCCAAAUCUUGGCUUCUAUCUUUGCCCCUCAUGUUUCUGCAGCCCAUGCGUUGA